ACCACUUAGGAAUAUAGAAUAUGGUGUUUCUCGGGGUAUUGACUUUAAGCUGGUCAGCAACGUCGUAAAUUUCGACUUCCCAGUUACUCCUUCAUUAUAUGUACAUCGAGUUGGUCGAACUGCUAGAGUGGAUCAAAUGGGCACCGCCCUCUCUUUAGUGAAUCAAGCGGAAGCACCUUUAUUAACACAAGUUGAACGACUUCUAGCUGCUUCUUCUCAUAAAUCUGCUGAGCAACAAACUGGUAAUUGUUUUUGUUGGUACUAUAUUUUUCCAGAAAUAGGAUUAAUUGCUCAGCAGUCCUUUUUAUUUACCGAUCGUUGUUUGCUAGGUUCAUCAUGUCGAUUCUUUCAUUUUAAAAUAUUAGAUGGACUAAAUGUUCUGGAUAAAACGAGGAAACCUUUGGGGGACAAAACAAAGUUAAAUUCAUUUGAAUCUUGA